AUAUAUAAUCUCUCCCUAUAUAUUCUGCAUGCAUUGAGGUAGCCUCAACCCCCCCAGGGACCCGAUCCGGUGGAGCCUCUUUCAUACAACUGCUACUCGAAGGGGCAGUUUGGCGUAAUAGCAGUCAAGAUCGGGAGAACAUAAGAUGGUGGAGAAAACAAGAGCAGAGGACACCAAGGUUAUUCUAAUGGGAAAAAAGGAGCAAAUGAUACCAAGACAAGCUCAUAACAGAGAUCUAAUCGCCAGACGUGUACGGAUGAAAACACAGUGAGAUGAGUCAGAAAACGGUUAAGGAGGGCCCCAGACUCUCCAAGAACCAGAAGUUUUCGGAGCACUUCAGCAUACAUUGCUGCCCGCCAUUCACCUUCCUCAACUCCAAACGGGAGAUCGUGGAUCGGAAGUACAGCAUCUGUAGAAGUGGCUGCUUCUACCAGAAGAAAGAAGAGGACUGGAUCUGCUGUGCCUGCCAGAAGACCAGCUCCUGUCAGCAUCCCUUAAGCAGCAGAGGAGAGCCAUGGCUCCAGCCUCCAGCUUCUUUUGGCCCCCUCAGCACCAGCCGCCGGGCAACGUCCCCUCAGAGGCCCAAGCAACAGCCAGCGGCACCCCCCGCGGUGGUCAGAGCACCGGCCAAGCCACGGUCCCCUCCGAGGUCCGAGCGUCAACCGCGCCCCCGCCCAGAGGUCCGACCACCACCAGCCAAGCAACGCCCCCCUCAGAAGUCCAAGCAGCCGCCGCGCAGCAGCCCCCACAGAGGGCCGGGCACCAGCCGUGGGGGGUCCCCCAUCAAAGCUUCUAGAUUGAAAAGGAAGAGCAAGCCGACCCCACGGAAGAAGUGAGGGCGCAGUUUCAAGCGAAUGGACCACCUCAGCACCUGGACUCACUGCUUCUUGACCCCCGUGCCCUUGGGCAAGUUAUCUGGCUUCCAGUAGGAUGCAGGGGCAGACACCGGCUGAUGUGGCAACAGCUGAUGCCCACAGGCCCCUCGGUGCGGGGGCCGCCUGGAGCCUUGUGAAGAUGUCAUCCUACUGUCUUCUGACGGCCAAUGGGAAAUACGUCGUCAGUCUGCCUGUCCUUCCAUUGACUCAAGUUUCUUCAAUUUGAAGAUACAUAUCUUUCUUCAGGGAUGCAUGAAAAAAAAAGAGAGAGAUUGUUGUAUAACCAUCAUAAUGGCAAAAAUUAAAAAUUAUCAAGUGUUGGCAAAGAUUUGGGGAAAAUUCUGAUAAGCCAUUGAUGAAAAUUUAUAAACUAUCAUGGUACUUCUGGGGUGCAAUCUGGGGAUGCUAGCAAAACAGGAUAUUGUAUAACUUAUGACCAAGCAAUUAUUUUAAAAAGGCAAUUAUAAUUUUAGGUACUGAUCCUGGAGAAAACUUGCAUUUAUAGGAAAAGGAGGCACACAUACAGCGUUCAGCAAAGCCUUGUUUGCCAUUGGAAAAAAAAAAAGAGAGAGAGAGAGAAAGGGAAAGAAAUUAAUAAAAAUGUCCACUAAUAGGAGAAUGAGUAAAUCAAUGA